AGGGAAUCCCGAAACAUAACCUGGAGAUUGAUUACUUCUCACGCCGGGAUUGAUCGAUUCAUUCGUGACUUGUGCAUUUCUGGCGCGCUAAAGAUACCUUUACAGAUUAUUUGCAGCAUUAUGAUCAGUACGGUGGAUUUCAGCGCGCUGGAUCUUCUGUGUGCGCGGACAGAAUACGGCAAAGAAAUGGAGCGCAGUGCUGACGUGGAGGGGCUUCUCAAGCCUAAAGUUGAGCUUCCAGACCCCGCCUUUCUCCCGGACCUGUGUGAGAACUCCACCGACGGGCUUCCCCCGUCCCCGUUGGCGUACACCGGGUCCUUCCACGCUGAAUCGGGUUCGUGCAGCUCAGAUGCGCUCCUCAACAUGAUCACAGAGAUAGUCGGAAUCUGCACAAACCCUAUAUUCGACAGCCGCCGGGAUGACUCGUCUGAGACCGGGGCAAGUGGAAGCUCACGUGGUGGUGCUCUUUUUCGUCAGGGAUCGGUGGGCUCCACGGGCAGCUCCACACCCUCUCUAGGGUCGCCGGAUCCGUUCUAUAACGACUCCGCAGACGACUUUAUGGAUGUCGCGACCCUGCAGCACGACUGGUCUGUGAAUGUGAAGCAGGAGCCGGAUGAUGACUGCAGCGGGUGCGACUUGUUUAGAAAGUGCGGAAUCGCUGGGAGUGGGACGUCGGGACACGACACAGAUCUGGAUGACAUCAUCGACCUCCUGUCUCCGUUGUGUCCAGAGACAGAAUCCACGUGGAUAAAGCAAGAACCAGUUGGCGUGGACCAGCAAUGCGCUCUGAACUCAUCUCCAAACUUCAGCACCCAGACGCUCUUGAGCAAUGAUUCAGGAGCCCGUUCAGUGUGCCAGCACGGAUCUGUCUUGGACCUGGAAUGCUCCUCCAUUCUGGAAAAUCUGCUCUUUUCGAGUCCCGCGACAGCCAGAAACCGACCUCAGGCAAGCAAAUCGUCCACAAAGAAGGGCGUCCCGAGGGAAAAGCCGUUCUCCUGUCCUGUGGAGAACUGCGACCGCAGGUUCUCGAGGUCAGACGAGCUGAACCGACACGUGCGCAUCCACACUGGGCACAAGCCGUUCCAGUGCCGGGUGUGCCUGCGCUGCUUUAGCCGAAGCGACCACCUGACCACGCACAUGCGCACGCACACCGGAGAGAAGCCGUUCUCGUGCGAGGUGUGCGGCCGUCGCUUCGCCCGCAGCGAUGAAAGAAAGCGGCACUGGCGCGUGCACAUCAAGCAGCGCGAGCGCAUGCAACAAAAAGCGGAGAUGCUGGCCGCGCGCGCGUUUGCUAUACCGGGUCUCGUGUGAGCACGCGCUCCGUGUCUUGCUUUAAGUUUAAGGUUAAAGUAAAGCACAGUUCACGUGCGUGAUCCAUGAGGUUCCGACCGGUGAUCUGAUCUGUGUCAGUGGCCCAAAACUGGAGUGACACAACUGAAUGUCAGAUAGAGGGACUGAUUGUGAGUCUUGGACUGUAAGCGAGGUCAUAAACGAGAAGGAUUCUGCACUGGGCUCUUACUCCAGAGCCGCGUUAUUAAAAUGACUUGCAUGUUUUAUUCAUGUAUAAAAUGUCUUAAGCUGCUAGACCACGUUGGCAUGCACAUGUGAUUUAUAUCUGUUGAUCAAACUUUCUAUGGUCUCAGUGUUGUAUUUUGAUACUUUGAUGUAUAAACUAAACGAAAAAAGCCUAUAUUUGUAUAUUUCAUAAUAUUGAUUGUAUUUUUAUACUGUUCAUUGCAGAGCAAACUAUGAAAGAAGUGUAUCUUCUUAGAGAUUUAUCAGAUUUUUGUAUAUUCAAAGUUUGACAAUGGAAGGCGUGCUUGACUGGUUCGUGCGAACCAAAUGCAGAUGAAAAAAACAUCAACAUAGUAGUUGAGUUGCAGUAGCACACUGUUGUGCAUAUAUAUAUAUAUAUUUUCGGCUAUUCUGUGGGAAUAGUCAGCGUUGUCAAUGUCUGUUUGCCUUUAAAAUUUUAUCAGAAUGUUACUGUGCAAUCGUAUGUUGUUUGAAGUCUAAUUGAUAUUUAACAGAAUGUAUGAAUGAAAAUAAAAUGAACUAUUUAUUGAUUA